GAAAAUAGUUGUUCUUUUAAUACAAAAAAUUCUAUAUAAAUAUCAGGAUAAGAGUUUCAAUUCUGUCAGUACUAUUUGUGCAACUGUAGUGACGACCCAAUUGAAUAAUCUUCAGUUAAAUAGAGACAUCAAGCAUGUUAACGCCGCUUAAAAAUAUUGCUUUAUUUCUAGCAGCAAUUAUUUGUUUAAGCCUCGUGCAGAGCGAAAAAAAUCUUCCCUUUCCAGAACCGGGAAAUCAUAAUCUAUUGGCUGCCGAUCUAUUUCAUACAUUAGUUGAAUCCAAAUCAUCCGAAAAUAUUUUAUUUUCUCCGCUAGCAGCAGAAACAGCUUUGACAUCAAUAUUUGCCGGUUCUAAAGGUAAAACAGCUGAGGAUCUACGCAAUAUACUCAGACUAGAGCCAGUAGAUACAAAUCAUGUGGCACAAAAUUUUGGUGAAUUUCUAAAAACUCUCCUACCAUCUAAUAGCAAUACGAAAACUGAUGAUACACAAUUUUUUCUGGCUAAUCGUAUAUACAUACCCGAUAAGCUUAAAAUUUCACCAGAAUUUAAUAGAAUUCUUAAGGAAAAUUUCGAAAGUCUUGUGGAAAAUGUUAAUUUUGCUGAAAAUAAAUUGACUAUAGAUAAAAUAAAUAAAGCGAUCGAGCAACAAACUAAUGAUAAAGUUAAACAUGUGUUGCAUGAUAAUGACCUCGAUCCUCUUACCAAUAUCCUAUUGGUUAAUGGCCUUUAUUUCAAGGGUAAAUGGAAAUAUGCUUUCAACAAGGAAGACACUAAAGCAGCCGAUUUCAGGCUAAAUUUAAAAGAAAAAACUAAAGUAGACUUGAUGCAUAUCAGAGGCAAGUUCAGUUAUGCUCAAUUGAGAGACUUAAGGGCACAGGCUUUGGAAUUACCUUUCAAUAAUACUGAUAUGGCUUUCAUUAUUAUAUUACCCGAUGACAUUGAAGGUUUAGCUGAAUUAGAGAAAAAACUUAAAAGUUUAGAAUUUAACUAUAUACCCUCGAGAUUGGCCAUUAAGGAUGUAUGUGCCUAUAUACCAAAAUUCCGCCUAGAACAAGAACAGGAUUUACGUGAAACUUUAGAAAAAAUUGGCUUAUCCAACAUAUUUUCCGAUAAAGCUGAAUUUGGUGGCAUUUUCGACUCUUCUGCGAAUCAGUUUAUUUCUGCUGUUAAACAAAAAUCUGUUUUUGAAAUUGAUGAAACUGGUGCAGAAUCCUCGGCCGCUUCAGGUGUACAUUGUCGAAGGGCUCAUUCAUUCUUAGCCGAUCAUCCUUUCAUUUUCGGAAUUCGCAGUAAAACUGCUGUGUACUUUGCUGGUCAUUUGGCUAAGAUUUAAACUUGAAUAUAUAUUUUGUAUUUUAUUAAAUCAUAAUUAUUUUUCAAAGCGAAUAAUAAAAGUUUUAAUGAAAAAAAUUUUGUAAAUUUUCUAUAAA